GAGGAUGUGUUUGUGGUGUUCACACAUUUCUGCCAUUAUUGACGUUUUUUCUUUAAAUAUUAUCUGUCUCGAUGUAUGUUAGUCUCUGAUAAAGUUGUUUUAACAAUCGUAAAAGCUAAAGGAAAUUUCAGAAAGCAAAAAUGUAAUGAGCAGCAACAUGCUAUUCAAACACUUAAAUGAUGGCAGCGGAAUUGUGUGUAUUAUAUGAUUGUCUGGUCUGGAGUUAACAGCAGUCUGAGCACAUGGAUAUUAUCCGGUUGCUAAACAGGUGAAUUCUUAUUUCUAAACAGUCUCUGCUCCUUAUACACGCAGGCGAUAGUUGUUGUUUCUGCUGAGCAGGAACAACGGCGCAGCGCUGCGUUUCCAGUCGGAUGACUUUGGAAGGAGUACCAGGUUUCUGUGCAGUUAAUCUAUGGCUUCCCAGGGAGCUGCUCACAGGCGGUCCGGGUGGUGAAUGACGCCGCUUUCCGCACGGGUCAUGGCGGACUUCUUGAGGGCAGCACACCGCCUCUUUCUAAAGAUCGCCCUGUUCCCCAGCGCGCUCCGCAGGACGGGCCCGCGGCCGAGCGCCUCCGAGCUGCUGACCUGCCACCUGCUGCAGCGCCGCCUCCCGCCGUGGACCUCGUUCUGUGUCCGCUACAGCUCGGUCCACAACGACCAGUUCGGCCUGUCCAACUUCAACUGGACAGUGCAGGGGUCCAACUACCAGAUCCUGAGAACCGGCUGCUUCCCCUUCAUCAAGUACCACUGCAGCAAGGCACCUGCACAGAACCUGGACUUUGAGGACAGGUUUUUCACCGCGCUGAAAGUGAUUAAUCUGGGGAUCCCCUGUUUGGCCUAUGGCAUUGGCUGCUGGAUGGUAGUGGGAGCUUCAGAAACAGUGCAGACAAGUGUCGGACCUGUCACAGUCUAUUUCGCCUACAAAGAAGACGAAGGCUCACAAUAUUAAACCCAAGACUCUUUUUUUGAA